CCCCAGCUCAGCGGACUGGGGCACCCGGCGGAAGCUGCCGCACUCUCGUCCCACACCAGGUCACCCUGCCGAAUCUCGGGGCCCCCAAAGAUGGUGCAAAGUGAACUUCAACUACAACCCGGAGCAGGCGGACGAGCUGAAGCUGCAAGCUGGGGAGAUAGUGGAAGUGUUAAAAGAGGCCUUGGUAACCCAGACGCAUCUUCAAUCAACCCUUAUUCCCAGCGGCCUUCCAAGCUGAGCAGUCUGACCUAUGACAAACCUCCGGAUUAUCUUCAGACAGUCUCCCACCCUGAGACCUACAGGGUCCUGUUUGACUACCAGCCUGAGGCCCCAGAUGAGUUGGAGCUACGGAGGGGGGCCGUGGUGAAAGUACUGAACAAGACCACAGAGGAUAAGGGCUGGUGGGAAGGAGAGUCUCAAGGCAGGAGAGGAGUUUUUCCAGACAACUUUGUGCUCCCAUCACCCCCUAUCAAGAAGCUGCUCCCACGGAAAGUGGCAUCUCGGGAAUCAGCUCUUGUUAAGGAACCAAAAAAGAUGAUGCCCAAAACAGCCCUCCCUACUGUCAAGAAGCUGGUGACAGCCCCCACGGGGCCCAGCAAAGCCAAGCCAUCCUGGACAUCCAGUGGGGAAAAUCAGAAACGACCCUCCCGUGACUUAGGCUCCAGUGGCAGAUUCCUUGGUGGGGUUCCCGGCCACCCUGGCAGAAAACGAUCCAAAACCCAGGCUCCCCAGCAACACUCUGCACCCAGUCAGGAGGAAGAGCAGAGCAGCCUGGCAAAGGCACCUUCUGUGAAUAAAGCCCCCACUCUGGAUGAGAUCCCCAAACCAGAGAAGAUCCUGUAUCCAGAUAAGGCCACUACCCCAGAGAAGACUCGGACUCCUGACAAAGUCCCUGCUUCAGAGAAGACCCCAACUCUGGAUAAGGCCCCCACUCCAGAAAAGACCCUAACUCCAGAUGAGGCCCCCACCCUAGAGAAGAUUUCAACUCUGGAUAAUACCUCCACUCCAGAUAAGGCCCCUACCCCAGAGAAGACCUCAACUCUGGACAAGGCCCCCACUCCAGAAAACACCCAGACUCCAGAUAAGGCUUCCACCCCAGAGAAGAUUCCAACUCUGAACAAUACCCUCACUCCAGAAAAGGUCCCAACUCCAGAUGAGGCCCCUACCCCAGAGAAGACCCCAACUUUGAGCAAGGCUCCCAUUCCAGAAAAGACCCUGACUCCAGAUAAGUCUUCUACCCCAGAAAAAACCCUAACUCUGGACAAGGGGCCCACUCCAGAAAAGAUCUUGACUCCAGAUAGGGUCCCCAGCCCACAGAGGACCCCAACCUUGGACAAGACCCCCACCCCAGAGAAUACCCUGCUGCUGGACAAGACCCCCACUCCAGAUAAUGCCCCCAUCCCAGAAAAGACCCCCACUCCUGACAGAGUUCCCACCCCAGAGAGGGUCUUUUCUGUGGGUGAGGCCCCUGCCCCAGAAGUCUCACCCGAGAAUAAAGCCCCCGGCCCAAAAAUGGCCCCUCCUGCUGAUGAGCCCCCCACUUUAGACAAGAUCUCAACCUGGGAGCAGGUGCUAGAUGAAGAAGCACCCUGUAGCAGACACAACAGUCAGUUCCAUCACUUCUCCCCAGAAGAAGCCCUGCAGAAGGUCAAAUCCCUCAUGGCCAAGGAAGCUCGAUCCCAAGAGGAGGUCCACGUGCCAGAGGAGCCCCUGUUACACCCUUACUCCCCAGGGUGUAACUUCUGCAUGAUGAGACCCCAUCUGGAUGAGAGAGACACCUCCCCACUCCAGCCUGAGCUUAAGUCCCAGCCAGGGUCUCUGCCCACCCCUGACAAGGCCCACCCCCCAAAAGAGGCCACAACCCUCCUACAGGAAACACCUGGGGAAGAUGAGGCUACCCAGAAAGAGGAGACAGUCCCAAAAGAGGAGGCACCCCCCAAAAAGAAAGUGUCUCCCAAAGAGAAGGUUCCCCCCAACGAGUUACCCCCUGCCCAAAAGAAACCACAUCCCAUCAAGCUUACCCCAGACCCCCAAGAGACUCUCUCUCUCCAUUCCCGGGUCCCACAAAAUCCCACAGAAAGCAAAGACGACAGAGUCGAUGUAGCGAGGCUAAAGGAAGAGGUGGCGUCUCUAAAGAGGUCUCUGGAACUAACGGGGGUGCAGCUAGAAAGGAAGCUGAAGGACAUCUGGGAGGAGUUGAAGACCGAGAGGGAGCAACGCCGGUUGCUGGAGGUUCAGGUGCUGCAGAGGACCCAGGAGCCCCCGACGCGGGACUCCGUCCACUCGCAGACGCAGACGUAUUAAGGGUGGGCCUAGGAAGGACCACAGCCCAACCUAGAGGGUUUUCUGGCUUCGGCCACCCACGUCCUUGCCCACGACUUUGGGAAACGCGAGAAAGUAAAA